AUUAAGUAUGGAAAUUAAGGAUAAUUUUGCUGUUGACUACUAUCGAUAUUGUUCAGAUUUUUCAGUUUUUCUUAACUAUCGAUUGACAACACUAGUACUUUUCAUUUACUCUACUAAACUCUACUUUGAUUUGACCAUCUCUUUGACUUGGUCUGUGACUUUGACUCUACCUACUGAAAGUUUGUCAACUGUUUUAAUUACUUAGUAGUGUUAUUUAUUAUCAUAAAAUACUCUACAUAUAAAUCACCCAUAAAUAUAAUAUAAAAUGAGGAGAAUUCCUCUAUGUAAACUUGUGUCCUUUAUAUGUAUUACUUUAGCUGUUAUAGUUUACUUUAGUAUAAUAAAUAACCCCAGAAUAAAUCAAACUGACUAUGUUGAAAGAAAACCUGCUAUUUCAGGCUUGAGAAAGACAACACCAAGUGCUAUUACUAGAACUGUUGACAGGAUAGUAUUAUCAUUUGUUGUGUGUGACUCUAGAUUUAAUGAGUCUCUUAAUGUUGUUAAAUCUAUGCUCAUCUUUACGAAGACUCCAGUUCAUCUUGUAAUAUUCACGGAGGAUGAUUUGAUGUCUAAGUUUAAAGAUGUGUUGACACAAUGGAGAAGGUUGACAAGUAACCAACUGGACUUUGAACUACACAAAAUCAAUUUUCCUGAAGCACAUAAAGAGGAUUGGAUGAAUCUGUUUAGAAAAUGUGCAGCACAGAGAUUGUUCAUUCCUGAACUGAUGACCCACAUAGAUUCCCUGAUAUAUGUAGACACGGACACUCUAUUCCUAGGUCCAGCUGAUGAGUUGUGGAGCUACUUCUUCAAGUUCAACAGUUCACAAAUUUCUGCUUUAGCUUUAGAGGAUAAUAACCCUAACUUGUCAUGGUACCCGCGCUUUGCGAAGCAUCCUUUUUAUGGGAAACUAGGUCUAAAUUCCGGCGUUAUGUUGAUGAAUUUAACACGCAUGCGAGGGUUUGGUUGGACUGAGUAUAUUACUCCUAUCAUGCUUAAAUGGAAACUAAACAUUCCUUGGGGAGACCAGGACAUAAUCAACAUAAUAUUCCACCAUCACGAGCGGGCGGUGUUGGAGCUGUCCUGUCGGUACAACUAUCGCUCUGACCAAUGCAUGUACGGAGACGCAUGUGCCGACGCCACACACGACGGGAUCUUCCUGCUGCAUGGCAAUCGGAAGACUUUCCAUAACGACAAGCAACCAGCUUUUGAGGCGAUUUACCGCGCCGUGGAGGAAUAUGAAAUCGGCACGGACCCCGCCGAGGCGUUCCUAUCCAACCUAGAUAAAUAUUUCACUGAAGCACCGCAAUCCAACUGUGGGAAUCUUAAGGACGCCUUUUUAAAAGUACCUGUUGAUACUCUAAGCCACAUGUACGAAACGACAGUCAGGUAGCUGUCACUAUUGGGUCAAGAACUUUAUAACAAUGUAAGUAUUUAAUUAUACACUUCUCAUCAAAAAAAUCGAAACACCUUGCAAGUUUACGUUUUGUCAGGAUUAUCAGAAAAAUGUGUACAUUUAGGAAUAAAUGUUAAAUGUCGUUUAAUAGUGAGUAAUAUGAGCUUAUCAAAUCUUAAUGUUAAUGUUCUAAAUUUAAAUGAAUUUUUCAUAGGUUUCGUAUUUUGUUAAAUGAGUCAUUUUUAUUCCGUAUGGAGUAUAAAGGAAAUGGAUAAAACAACACACGUAAAUGAAAAAAAAAGCUAAAAAACGUUUAUUUAAUAACUUGUAUUCCCUCCCCGAGCUCUAAUUACUGCUUCCAUACGGUUCUUCAUCGAUCGGAUGAGAGUCACGAUCACAUGCUGUGGUAUAUUGUCCCAUUCCUCUUGGAUUGCAUCUUGCAGCUGGCUAAGUGUUUCUGGGGCAGGAUCUCUUGCUCGAAUUCGUCUCUUUAAUUCAUCCCACAGAUGUUCAAUGGGAUUCAUGUCCGGGCUUCUUGCUGGCCAUUCCAUAAUAGAGAUAUCGACUUCGUUAAGAUAAUCUCGUACGACGCCCGCGGUGUGAGCCCUAGCAUUGUCGUGCAUGAAUAUGAAGCCGUUGCCAAUAAAAUGUGCAUAGGGCAUCACAUGAGGCUCGAGACACUCUUCGACGUACCGAUGACAGUUUAGUGCAGGCAGACGUGGCCCAGACACGAAAGCAAGCUCUGUCUUACCGUCGGCGCUGAUUCCUCCCCAAACCGUCCACGAACCGCCACCAUAGCUGACCUUUUCUUCAAUGCAGCAUUGUGCAUAGCGUUAUCCGUCUCUUCUGUAGACCUUGUUCCUUCCGUCGUUACCAUACAGCAUAAUUUUACACUCAUCAGAAAAGAGAACUUUGCUCCACUGUAGGUAUGACCAAUUUAGGUGCUCACGUGCAAAGUUAAGGCGCGCUCUUCGAUGGUCUGCAGUUAAUUUCGGCCCAUUUGCUGGCUUAUGCGGUACCAGUCCACGAUCCUUCAACCUUCUUCUAAUUGUAGAGUCACUUACAGCCACCCUUCGUACAACACGAAGCCGCUGCUGCAGUUGAAAAGCGUUAAGGCGUCGAUUUCUUAAAGAAGUUGUUACAAUAAAUCGAUCAUCUCGCUCAGAAGUGACCCGAUUCCUGCCAGAUCCUGAACGGCGCGUGAACAAACCAGUCUCCCGAUAACGUUUAUAGACUCUAUGAACAGAUGACAGGCUAAGAUGCAGUCUUGCAGCCACAACACGCUGACUAAGGCCAGAAUCCAGCAAUGCCACAACUUGGGCGGCUUCUGUGGGCGAAGUAUCCAUACGUUUUAGAAAAAAAACCUUUUUUCAGACGUCCCAAAGUCACAGUAUUGAAAUAAAAAACAAAAAGUUUAAGGAUAGGCGCCAAUUUUUAGUUUUUAAACGCUAAAUGUACUCCAACCCUAAACACACAUUUGUCUCAAAACAGUGAUUCAUUUCGUUUAUAAGAUAAACAAAUGAAAUUCUAAUUUUGAAUUUAGAAUUUUCGCUUAUUACUGUAAUGGCCAAACUGCCAGCUAUACAUUUAUGUAUUUUUUUUCAUCGUAUGAAUUCUUUUUUGUGUUAAAUUCGGACAGAAACAAUGAAAACGGAAGUGUUUCGAUUUUUUUGAUGAGAAGUGUAU